GAAAAAGCCCCGUCAGUUCCCAGAAUAGAAAUCCCAUUUCGGUGCUGGACUUGAACGGGACUCUCACUGUUUGUGUGCUCGACAGGGAGCUGGAACAAGUGGAGAACCUCGCCAUGUACUAGCAGGAUACGUUUUGACAUUAUGCUUUGGCGUACAACAACAUGACACACUUUUAUUGUUGUCUGACUCAGCUCCCUCCUCCGUCAUCUCCCUCCUCCGCGUGCUUUCAUUUCAAGCUCACCUGCUGACGCCGACAGCAAGCCAGCAGCCAGCAGCAGCAGCUCACACUGGCCGAGCUGUCAUGUCUCCUGGGAGGGAUUGAAUCAAACCAGGUGGAGACAGAAACAGCAGGAAAGACAGAUAACCUGCAUAUCAGGGACUCAGAAAACUUUUAUCGAGCGCGAGGAAACUUUUACGCGCUUUUACCGCGUGUCGUCUGAAAGUGAAAGCGCGUCAAAAGUUCGCCGAAGUGACGUUUUGACACCUUUUUUCCGCGUUUCCCUUUUUUCAACUCAUCUGGCUUUGCGAUGUUAUGACUUUAAGGACUCACAACUGCUGUCGUUUUGAAUCGGAGCACGUUUUCCAGAAAUGCCCCAACACAACAUGGAGAGCCCCAGGAGUCAGUGGCAGCCUGGACUGCGGCCGCCGUGGAUCACCAGAGUGGCCGGCGGUCAUAGCCCCGCCUCCUCGGGGGCGGAGUCAGACACAGAGAGUAGCAGCACAGAAAGUGAGAGGUCUUGUGUUAAAAAGCUGGAGGGGGGCUCACUCAGGAUCCUUACGUCGCCCUCAGUGAUCCAGCGACGAAUCACAGAGAUCGAUCAACACAAGGAGGAACUUAAGAUCGAGCUGCAGCUGGAGAUCGCUCUGCUGCAGGGAGAGCUGCAGACGGAGAAGAACCAGCUGCACAGACACACACAGAAGCUUCAGACUCUACAGCAGGAGGCCAGACAGAGAGGGGAGCCCAGGCAGAAAGACAGACAAAAGGAGCGAGAGAGACUGGAGGCGGAAAGAAGCAGGGUGCAGGAACUGAAGACGAAGUGUGAGGAGAAGGAGAAACUGAUCCCCAGUCAGCCAGAGAGCCAGAGAGAACAGCUGACCCUGCAGAUGCAGCAGGAAAAAGAAGCGAUGGAAGCAGCAGUUCGCGCCUUCGAUGACUGGGAGUUCCGUGUUCUUGAGCAGGAAAGCGGCAUUGAUGAGGAGGACCAGAGCUCGUCUGACAGAGAGAAGGAAGAAGAGAGUGAAGGAGAGACAGAGAAGGAGAUCUCAUGUCAGCAGCAAGCAGUCAGCAAAGCACAGGAGCGAGUCCAGCAUUUGGAGAAGCAGCUGAAGGAGAUGGAGAGGCAGAAGGAGAAGGAGCUGAACGCCCUGAGGAAGGAGAAAAGAGAACUUGUCCACACAACCCAGACGGUUCUCAAAGAGAAGAAGCCGCUCACUGAUUGGUCGAAUGUCACUGGCUCAGCCCCCUGCAUGAUGUCACUUUCCCCUAUGACCGUUCACAAGCCUCCUCAGGAAUCAUGCAAAGAAACCGCCAGUUUGCCCAGAAGACGAAGCUCAAAUCGAAACCGACCAAGCGACCGGCCGCUCUCAGUACAAGGGUUGGUGAGGAGGCUUCCAGACAGCCCUGAGGCUUUCACACCUCAUCACCCCUCCCAUAGGCUCAGUAACGGGCACAGCAGCGUGCACAGACCUGGGACCAGCAACGGUGGCGGGCUCAUCACUCCGUGUAACAGUACGACAAGCUCUCGAGCUGCCAGCCCGUCUCUGUUGGAUCUUGUGGAGAUUGAGAAGAAACUCAGGGAAGCCAAGGCAGAGAGAGAGAGGCUGCUCAGAGAGCGGGAAGCGCAUCGGCAGUUUUUGUUGGAGGAGAGAAGGCAGAGAGACCUGAACUCUUCUAGAAAAGAAAAAGCCGAGCCGGAGACCCCACGGAGUCCAGAGCCAGAGUCAAGAGAGGAACCUAAGGCCAGUUCUCCUCUUAAGUCCCCAGAGCAGCGCAGCCUGCCUCUCUUCCUCUCCCCUAACUUUGACCUGCGGGCACACCUGGAGUCUUUGGGUCACGGUGUAGCCGGCUGCACAGAACUGCGGAUGACGCCUCGACGCUGUGCGGGCUUCCUGACGAAACGAGGGGGGAGGGUGAAGACCUGGAAGAAAAGAUGGUUCCUGUUUGACAUGGACCACAGACGAUUAGCUUACUAUACAGAAUGUGAUGAGAGGAAGCUAAAGGGAGUCAUUUAUUUCCAGGCCAUAGAAGAAGUUUACUACGACCAUCUACGAACGGCCACUUCUUCUCCACGACCCAGUCUGACCUUCUGCGUGAAGACCUACGACCGUCUUUUCUUUCUGGUGGCUUCUAAUGCAGUGUCCAUGCGGAUUUGGAUGGAUGUCAUAGUCACGGCAACAGAUGAGCACAGCCGAUAUUGACAUCUGGCUUAUGUGACUGUUAAAUCCUUAAGGGAAGAGACAUUUAGUUGUUUUGUGCCCUGUCUGAGGUGCUCAUGUGGCUGAGACACACCUCAGGGACAGAUUCUGUACUUGGACUCAGGAAUCAGGAUAAAGUACAUGAGACACGGAGGUACAGUGGUUUGAGGGGCUCAAACCAGUGGAGGACACUGUUACUGAAGAGGUGAUGCUUUUAGGGUUGCAAAAUUCCAGGAAUUUUCAAAGUUGGACAUUUUCCAUGGGAAUUAACAGGAAUUUAUGGGAUUUAAUGGGAAU